AUGGCCGAAGGUGGUGUAGUCGAGAUGUCGGAAGACACCGAAAAAAUCCCCGAUUGUGCCAAACAGAAGUCAGAAAUUGCAAAUUUGAUGAAGAAAACUCUUAAGAAAGGAGACACGUGGUAUUUGCUGGACACAAAAUGGUAUAAACAGUGGAAAAAGUAUGUUGGCUAUGACAGCUGGGACUCGUUCAGUGUUGGGGAACAGAACUCUCACCCAGGACCUAUGGACAACUCUCCACUUGUCAAAGAGGAGGAAGGGGGCCUGAAACACCAUUUGAUUGAGGAGUUAGACUAUAUGUUAUUGCCAGAGGAAGCCUGGGAGAAGAUGCUGGCCUGGUAUGGUUUAACAAAGGACCAGGAACCUAUAGCACGUGGUGUGAUAGAACAAGGAACAUUUGUGAAACAUUUCAAGGUGGAGGUUUAUCUGCUGGAUGUGAAACUCUGUCGAAACUCGGACCUGGAAACUGUGAUAACCAAACAUUUUAGUAGAGUAGCAACAAUAGAAACAAUUGAGAAAGAAAUGAGAAAUGUGUUUGAAAUCCCUGAGGACAAAGAAGUAAGAUUAUGGAAUAAGUACAUGGCUAGUACAUAUGAGCACCUGAACAAACCAGAGCACACACUUCAGGACGCCGGACUGUACACAGGCCAGACCAUUGUGAUAGAAGAGAAAAAUGAGGAUGGGACUUGGCCAAGACAGGCUAAAAGUACAAACACUUAUACAUCAACAUCUACCAGUACAAACUCAAGAACCAGCAGUAUAGGAAGCACUAGCCAUGACUCCAGUUCUGGUUAUAGUGGAGGUACCUCCUACAACAGCUACUAUAACAGUACCAGUAGCUAUGAACCAGGGCGAGGACAUGCAACCCCAGGGCUGUGUGGAUUAGCUAACUUAGGCAACACCUGUUUCAUGAACUCAGCCUUACAGUGUAUGAGUAGCGUGCCAAUGCUGACACAGUACUUCCUCAAUGAUGACUGGGUGAACGAGGUCAAUGAAGAUAACCCUCUAGGCAUGAGAGGUGAAAUCGCACGAUCCUAUGCGGAACUUAUCAAAACACUCUGGUCAGGGAAGUACAGCUAUACAGCACCUCGAAACUUCAAGUAUGCAGUGGGUAGAUUUGCGCCACAGUUCUCUGGCUUCCAGCAGCAGGACUCCCAGGAGUUGAUGGCUUUUUUACUGGAUGGUCUCCACGAGGACCUGAAUAGGAUCCGACAAAAACCCUAUAUUGAGAUGAAAGACACUGACUGCCGACCUGAUAAGGAAGUUGCUAAGGAGUCCUGGGAAAACUACAGGAAGAGGAAUGAUUCUGUGAUAGUAGAUACAUUUCAUGGACUUUUGAAGUCCACUGUGCAUUGUCCUGAGUGUGCUAAAAUUUCUGUAACCUUUGAUCCCUUCUGUUACCUCUCAUUACCACUCCCAAUCAAAAAAGAGCGACAGUUGGAAGUGUUCUGGGUUCCUCUUAGUCCCCAGAAAAAGCCUGUACAGUUCAAAUUAACGGUGCCAAAAAUGGGAACUGUAUUGGAUUUAUGCAACGCACUAUCAGCCCAUGUGCAGACCAAUCCAGACAAGAUGGCAGUAACAGAUGUGUAUAGUCAUAGAUUUCACAAAAUUUUCUCUCAUGACGACACACUAAACAAUAUACUGGACAGAGAUGACAUUUUUAUAUACGAGGUUCCAGUAGCAUGGGAUGACCCUGAUACUGUCAUCGUUCCCAUCUAUAUGAGGGAAAAGAGAAUGAAGAACCAGUACUCCAGUUAUCAAAUGUCCACGUAUCAGUUGUUUGGCCAGCCCCUCCUCCUCCCGGUCCCACGGAGGGAGUGUACUUACCAAAUCCUCUACAACCAGCUCCUACAGAGGGUCUCGCGGUAUGUAAAAGUUCCUGAGAAUGCUGGCUGUUGGUGGAAGGAUGAGGAGGACGGACAAAUGGCGGACGAGGGAAAAGAUAACGGAGAAAGCACCAGUAGUGAUGAAACCACAAAGGAAAGUGGAAUGGAAAAUGACCAGAAACAAAUCAAUGGAGAUGCUAAUGAAAUGGAAAUAUCUGCUGCUAAUGGAAGCAAAGAUGGUGAAAUUGAAGAUAAACAAACAGGAAGCAAUGAAAACACAGAGAAUUGUGAUAAUAUUAACAUGGAACCACCACCACUGUUCAAAUUUAGGAUGGUAAAUUCAUAUGGAAGUGCAGAAAUAGACCACAAAUUGAAGAAUGAUGGAAACCCUCUUCGUCUACAUAACCGUACACAUAUAGCAGUGGACUGGCACCCUCUAGCUAAGGAUCAAUUCUACGAUGAACAAGCUGCAGAGGACUUAGAGCAGCACGAAUCGGUGAAGCAGAGAGUACAGAGAAAGCAGGUGUUACAGCUUGAUGAUUGUGUGGAACUCUUCACUCGUGUUGAACAACUGGGUGAAAAUGAUCUAUGGUAUUGUCCACAAUGUAAAAAGCACCAACAAGCUACAAAGAAAUUUGAUCUAUGGUCACUGCCAGAUGUUCUCAUUAUCCACUUGAAGAGGUUUUCUUACAACCGUUACUAUCGUGACAAGAUUGACACACUUAUCGAGUUCCCCUACAAGGGGCUUAAUCUGAAGAAGUACUUGAUCAACAAAGAGCAUGGAUGUGCCACCUAUGACUUGAUAGCCGUCACUAAUCAUUAUGGAGGUCUAGGUGGUGGUCACUACACAGCCUAUGGAAAACGUGUGGAGGAUGAAGAAUGGCAUUAUUUUGAUGACUCCAGUGUUUCAUCUGCCUCAGAGGACGAUGUCACGUCUAAAGCUGCUUAUGUGCUUGUGUAUGAGAAACAGGGGACUCGCUCCAAACAGAUGAAAUGUACCCAGAAUUCACAUACUGCUGGAGGUGCCAUGGAGAAUGGCAGCACUAACAGCCUGAGUGACGAGGAGAUGGAGACAACUUAAGAUACAAUGUUGGGUAUAGCUUGAGGUGGAGCAUGUGAUCUUGGGGUUAUACCUCCAAAUGUAACUUUUGACCUCUGGGACGCUGAAGUAUGAUGUGAUAGAAGGCUGUCCACAGUUUCAGAAAGAGGAUUUGAGAACUUGUCAUAGACAAAAACUGAACUACAAUAGUGUAUUGUGUCAGUCCUAUGAGUGGAAAACAUGUAUCUGAUUGGCUGUUCUCAUUUGCAUUUAAUACAGAUAACAGUUGGAGAAGGACUUGUGUUCCUUUCUUAAUAUGUUCAGUGGAACUAGUGUGUGUAACAAGAGUGUGAAAUCAUCAGUGUAGUAGUGUUGUCAAUGUUCUGUAAGGAAUAUUGAUCAUCAUAUCCUAAGAUUCAUGUAGCACUGGAGCAAUAAUUUAUGUCACUGUGUUCUAAUCAGGUGUUAGCUGGCACUGAAGGAACUCAUUGUGUCAGAAGGUUCUAGCCUUCCAGCUUCAUGUCUUAAACAUAGAACCCUUGUCUUUCUUCCUUAGGACAACCCCAUUGUGUAGGGACCAGUCUGUAACUGCCCUUCUUCGGCUAACUCCAGUAUCCCACUGUGACAAGUCUUUAACUAUACUACUUAGGACAACUCCAGUGUGUCAUUAUUGGGCCGGCCUGUGUGUCCUACUGUAGUCAGUCUAUGGCAACCCUACUUAGAACAACACGGUGUGUUCUACUGUAAUGUGCUUGUGACAAUUCUACUAAGAACAACUCCAGUUUGUCCACCUCUAGUUAGCUUGUGCCAUCCUUAAUAAGGACAACUUAAGUCUGUCCUACUGUAGCUAGUCUAUGGCAACCCUAAUUAGGAAACCUUCAGUCUGUCCUGCUGUAGCUAGUCUAUGACAACCCUACUAAGGAAACAUCCAGUGUGUCCUACUCCAGCUAGUCUAUGACAACCCUACUUAGGAAACCUCCAGUCUGUCCUACUGUAGCUAGUCUAUGACAACCCUACUUAGGAAACCUCCAGUGUGUCCUACUCAAGCUAGUCUGUGGCAUCCCUGCUUAGGAAACCUCCAGUCUGUCCUACUCCAGCUAGUCUGUGGCAUCCCUGCUUAGGAAAACUUCAGUGUGUCCUACUGUUGUCUGUGUCAACCCUACAAAGGAAAACUCCAGUGCAUUUACCUCUGCUUUGUGGAUGUCCUGCUUUAUUCAGCUCUGUUUUAUCGUAGCUUUCCUGUUAUUUAAUAUCAUCUAUUUAAUCAACGAGCGGACAAACCUAUCUAUGCUCUCAAGAGGUUGAUAAGACAAUUGAUGUACUAGACUUAGAUGCUUUCUGAUAUUUGUAAAUACGACACCUUGCUCUGUACUAAGUUUAUAAAAAUAAGUUGAUGUACUUUUGUAAAUAUGUUUUGUAUAUAUUUGAAUAAACAACAUUGUAUCAUA